UUUUGUAUGUUGGAUAUGUUGAGUUAUUACACUGUGAACGCUGCUUUUGAUUACUGGGGAAAAGGAACCACAGUCACUGUCACAACAGCCACUUCACGUCGACCCACUGUGUUUCCCCUGAUGCCAUGUGGUUCUCAGAGCGGAGAUAUUGUCACUCUUGGCUGUCUUGCCACUGGCUUUAACCCUCCUGCAGUGACUUUCUCGUGGAACAAAGGCGGCACUGCCUUGACAGACCUCAUCCAGUACACUGCUGUACAGAAAGGCAAUGUUUAUACUGGAGUCAGUCAAGUCCGAGUGAGGAGACAGGACUGGGAUGCAAGACAGACUUUUCAGUGUGCCGUAAGGCAUGCUGCUGGGAAUGGACAGGCUUCUUUUCAAAAACCAUUGGUGUUUAAGCAGAAUCCAACUCUUAAAGUGAUUUCCUCUCCUGAUGUGGACGGUACCUAUACUGCCUCCUGCUUUGCCAAAGAGUUUGCACCAAAGACACAUGCCAUCAGAUGGCUGAAAAAUGGAGCAGACAUCACCAGGAAAAUAGAUCUGAUCAGUACAGUUUCUGAAUCAAGAAAGGCAGAUGGAAAGAAAGUGUACAACGCAGCAAGUUUUCUCACAGUAAAUUCCAAUGAUGUGAAUGAAGAUACUGAAUUCACUUGUGUGUUUACGGGAGGCCAAAGUGGAUCUUUGAAUAAAAGUGACAGAGACAACACACAAGUGGCGUUUAAGCAGAAUCCAACUCUUAAAGUGAUUUCCUCUCCUGAUGAGCACGGUACCUAUACUGCCUCCUGCUUUGCCAAAGAGUUUGCACCAAAGACACAUGCCAUCAGAUGGCUGAAAAAUGGAACAGACAUCACCAGGAAAAUAGAUCUGAUCAGUACAGUUUCUGAAUCAAGAAAGGCAGAUGGAAAGAAAGUGUACAACGCAGCAAGUUUUCUCACAGUAAAUUCCAAUGAUGUGAAUGAAGAUACUGAAUUCACCUGUGAGUUUACGGGAGGCCAAAGUGGAUCUUUGAAUAAAAGUGACAGAGACAACACACAAGUGGCGUUUAAGCAGAAUCCAACUCUUAAAGUGAUUUCCUCUCCUGAUGAGCACGGUACCUAUACUGCCUCCUGCUUUGCCAAAGAGUUUGCACCAAAGACACAUGCCAUCAGAUGGCUGAAAAAUGGAACAGACAUCACCAGCAAAAUAGAUCUGAUCAGUACAGUUUCUGAAUCAAGAAAGGCAGAUGGAAAGAAAGUGUACAACGCAGCAAGUUUUCUCACAGUAAAUUCCAAUGAUGUGAAUGAAGAUACUGAAUUCACUUGUGUGUUUACGGGAGGCCAAAGUGGAUCUUUAAAUAAAAGUGACAGAGACAACACACAAGUGGCGUUUAAGCAGAAUCCAACUCUUAAAGUGAUUUCCUCUCCUGAUGAGCACGGUACCUAUACUGCCUCCUGCUUUGCCAAAGAGUUUGCACCAAAGAAACAUGCCAUCAGAUGGCUGAAAAAUGGAGCAGACAUCACCAGCAAAAUAGAUCUGAUCAGUACAGUUUCUGAAUCAAGAAAGGCAGAUGGAAAGAAAGUGUACAACGCAGCAAGUUUUCUCACAGUAAAUUCCAAUGAUGUGAAUGAAGAUACUGAAUUCACUUGUGUGUUUACGGGAGGCCAAAGUGGAUCUUUGAAUAAAAGUGACACAGACAACACACAAGCGCCUCGGAUUGUCCCACCGAUUGUCCCACCAAACAUCACAUUGUACUCAGUCUGGGAUGGGGAAUUUGGAAUCUCACCAGUAAGGCUCAUCUGCACAUUGAGUGACUUCUUUCCAGACAAUCUGACUUUGGAGUGGGUACAGGAUGAACAUCCACAGAAUCAAACCAACGAGGCAAGCACAAGGAAGCUACAAAGUGCAGGGGGAGAGGGGAAAACCUUCAGCCUGAGCAGUGAGCUUUGGCCAAAUAUGACAUUGUGGGCAAAAGGCUCAACUUUUACCUACAUGGCUGAUCACAAUGGCGUUAAAUAUAUCAAAACAAUAAACAUUUGUCACACUCUUUCAAGCUCUGCUCCCUUCAUUCAUGUGGAGAUUCCCAGCUUCAAGACUGUAAUGACAUCAAAUAACGUGCAAGUAACAUGUUUGGUCCACACUGACUUUAAUGCAACAAUCACCUGGCUGAUUGAUGGGAAAGCUACGAAGGAAAGAGUAGACAUAGAGAAAAACACAACUCAUAUAAACAGUAAUCUUAGAGUUCCCUCGAUUCAAUGGAAGAAAAUGAAGCAUGUAACAUGCAAAGCAGAGCAUAAGUGCUUCACAUCUGCUGAGAAGACCAUAAAUAUUGCAGGUUCUCCAGUUAAUACUCCACUGGUAGAGAUCAGGCGAUCCCUUCCAGAUCUCCUGAAAGGAGAAAGUGCUCUGUUCGAGUGUGUCAUCAAACAACUGUCCUCACGUGACCUCUACGUCACCUUACAAGUCAAUGAUGAAGAAAUACUUGAAAAAAAAUAUUAUAAUUUUGUUGAAGGCCCAGGCCUCCUUUCAAUCAGUAGUCAAUUCACUGUCCCUAAUAGGUACUGGAAGAAAGACACAAAAUUUACCUGCAACGUGAUUCAAGGCUUUUCUGAACCUUUUCAGUCAAGGUCCAUCAGCAAUAUUUUUGUGGACCCAUCCAUGGAGCUUCUUCUGGUCCCCAGUAAAGGUUCAGGAUCACAGACUCUUUCAUGCUCUGGAUGGGGCUUCAACCCUAACAUUACAUGGUUGACUGAGUCUCAGCAAAGAUCUCCAUCAACCAGUGAUAUCAGCAUGGGUGUAGAUGGACGUGCCCGAGUGACCAGUCAACUUGUAAUUGAUGAUUCUGAGUGGAAAACAGGGAAGAUCUUCACUUGUGAAGUGUCUGACAGGUCUCUGAACAAAAUGGUCAAGAAGGAAAUGAGCCUCUGCUCGGCUCGAUCAAGCUCCGCUCCCUUCAUUCAUGUGGAGAUUCCCAGCUUCAAGACGGUAAUAACGUCAAAUGAGGUGCAAGUAACAUGUUUGGUCCACACUGACUUUAAUGCAACAAUCACCUGGCUGAUUGAUGGGAAAGCUAUGAAGGAAAGAGUAGACAUAGAGAAAAACACAACUCAUAUAAACAGUAAUCUUAGAGUUCCCUCGAUUCAAUGGAAGAAAGUGAAGCAUGUAACAUGCAAAGCAGAGCAUAAGUGCUUCACAUCUGCUGAGAAGACCAUAAAUAUUGCAGGUUCUCCAGUUAAUACUCCACUGGUAGAGAUCAGGCGAUCCCUUCCAGAUCUCCUGAAAGGAGAAAGUGCUGUGUUCCACUGUGACAUCAAACAACUGUCCUCACGUGACCUCUACGUCGCCUUACAAGUCAAUGAUGAAGAAAUACCUGAAAAAAAAUAUUAUAAUUUUGCUGAAGGCCCAGGCCUCGUUUCAAUCAGUAGUCAAUUCACUGUCCCUAAUAGGUACUGGAAGAAAGACACAAAAUUUACCUGCAACGUGAUUCAAGGCUUUUCUGAACCUUUUCAGUCAAGGUCCACCGGCUAUAUUUUUGUGGACCCAUCCAUGGAGCUUCUUCUGGUCCCCAGUAAAGGUUCAGGAUCACAGACUCUUUCAUGCUCUGGAUGGGGCUUCAACCCUAACAUUACAUGGUUCUCUGAGUCUCAGCAAAGAUCUCCAUCAACCAGUGAUAUCAGCAUGGGUGUAGAUGGACGUGCCCGAGUGACCAGUCAACUUGUAAUUGAUGAUUCUGAGUGGAAAACAGAGAUCUUCACUUGUGAAGUGUCUGACAGGUCUCUGAACAAAAUGGUCAAGAAGGAAAUGAGCCUCUGCUCGGCCCUUUCAAGCUCUGCUCCCUUCAUUCUUGUGGAGAUUCCCAGCUUCAAGACGGUAAUAACGUCAAAUGAGGUGCAAGUAACAUGUUUGGUCCACACUGACUUUAAUGCAACAAUCACCUGGCUGAUUGAUGGGAAAGCUAUGAAGGAAAGAGUAGACAUAGAGAAAAACACAACUCAUAUAAACAGUAAUCUUAGAGUUCCCUCGAUUCAAUGGAAGAAAGUGAAGCAUGUAACAUGCAAAGCAGAGCAUAAGUGCUUCACAUCUGCUGAGAAGACCAUAAAUAUUGCAGGUUCUCCAGUUAAUACUCCACUGGUAGAGAUCAGGCGAUCCCUUCCAGAUCUCCUGAAAGGAGAAAGUGCUCUGUUCGAGUGUGUCAUCAAACAACUGUCCUCACGUGACCUCUACGUCACCUUACAAGUCAAUGAUGAAGAAAUACUUGAAAAAAAAUAUUAUAAUUUUGCUGAAGGCCCAGGCCUCCUUUCAAUCAGUAGUCAAUUCACUGUCCCUAAUAGGUACUGGAAGAAAGACACAAAAUUUACCUGCAACGUGAUUCAAGGCUUUUCUGAACCUUUUCAGUCAAGGUCCACCGGCUAUAUUUUUGUGGACCCAUCCAUGGAGCUUCUUCUGGUCCCCAGUAAAGGUUCAGGAUCACAGACUCUUUCAUGCUCUGGAUGGGGCUUCAACCCUAACAUUACAUGGUUCUCUGAGUCUCAGCAAAGAUCUCCAUCAACCAGUGAUAUCAGCAUGGGUGUAGAUGGACGUGCCCGAGUGACCAGUCAACUUGUAAUUGAUGAUUCUGAGUGGAAAACAGGGAAGAUCUUCACUUGUGAAGUGUCUGACAGGUCUCUGAACAAAAUGGUCAAGAAGGAAAUGAGCCUCUGCUCGGCUCUUUCAAGCUCUGCUCCCUUCAUUCAUGUGGAGAUUCCCAGCUUCAAGACAGUAAUGACAUCAAAUGAGGUGCAAGUAACAUGUUUGGUCCACACUGAAUUUAAUGCAACAAUCACCUGGCUGAUUGAUGGGAAAGCUAUGAAGGAAAGAGUAGACAUAGAGAAAAACACAACUCAUAUAAACAGUAAUCUUAGAGUUCCCUCGAUUCAAUGGAAGAAAGUGAAGCAUGUAACAUGCAAAGCAGAGCAUAAGUGCUUCACAUCUGCUGAGAAGACCAUAAAUAUUGCAGGUUCUCCAGUUAAUACUCCACUGGUAGAGAUCAGGCGAUCCCUUCCAGAUCUCCUGAAAGGAGAAAGUGCUCUGUUCGAGUGUGUCAUCAAACAACUGUCCUCACGUGACCUCUACAUCACCUUCCAAGUCAAUGAUGAAGAAAUAACUGAAAAAAAAUAUUAUAAUUUUGCUGAAGGCCCAGGCCUCCUUUCAAUCAGUAGUCAAUUCAUUGUCCCUAAUAGGUACUGGAAGAAAGACACAAAAUUUACCUGCAACGUGAUUCAAGGCUUUUCUGAACCUUUUCAGUCAAGGUCCAUCAGCAAUAUUUUUGUGGACCCAUCCAUGGAGCUUCUUCUGGUCCCCAGUAAAGGUUCAGGAUCACAGACUCUUUCAUGCUCUGGAUGGGGCUUCAACCCUCGAAUUACAUGGUUGUCUGAGUCUCAGCAAAGAUCUCCAUCAACCAGUGAUAUCAGCAUGGGUGUAGAUGGACGUGCCCGAGUGACCAGUCAACUUGUAAUUGAUGAUUCUGAGUGGAAAACAGGAAAGAUCUUCACUUGUGAAGUGUCUGACAGGUUUCUGAACACAAGCGUGACCAGAAAUUUCAGUCUCUGUUCAGCAACUCCAUCAUCAUCACACCCAGUUGGGGUUUAUGUCCGGGGACCACCACCACAGCUAACUGAGAACAAAGGACAAUUGACUAUUACCUGUCUUCUGGUCGGCCCUAAUCUUAAUGAUUUCUCCAUCACCUGGAGAGUAGGUGGCAACAAAAUUCCUGAUCAAGAUGUCCUUACUAAUCCCCCAGUGAGUCACAGCAAUGGGACAGAGACUCAACAGAGCUUCCUUAAUGUGUCAGCAGAAAAUUGGGAUGCAUAUAAACAAUUUUCUUGUGAAGGAAAACAUCUAUGUUCCAGUCAGGGCAAUGUAGACCAUAUAAGCAAAAGCAGAGUCCUCCGUGAGCCAACAGUGAAGAUAAUACAACCAACUGCCUCUGAACUUUCUAAGUCUGACAUCCUAACGCUUGUUUGCCUAGUGUCUGAAUUUUUCCCUGCUAACAUCAUAGUGUACUGGGAAGAAGAUGGCCAGACUCUCCCAUCCUCGCAUUAUGUUAACAGUCCUCCAUGGAAAUACUCAGGGAGCAGCUCUUACUCUGUGAGCAGCAGACUAAACAUAUCCAAAACUGAAGACAAAAGGUCUACGUAUUCUUGUGUUGUCAAACAUGAGUCAUCUAACGUGCCCGCUGAAGCUACUAUAACUGAUGUGUUUGCCUCAGUGAUCUACAGCCAGCCAUCAGCCUACUUGUUUCAGGGCUCUAAUGAACUUGUGUGCCUGAUCUUUGGCUUCAGUCCUGUAUCCAUUAACAUCACUUGGUUUCAAAAUGGAGACACAGAACUGCUGAACUACAACACUAGUGCGCCCCACAGAGGCCCAGAUGGAAAGUUCAGUGUCAAGAGCCACCUUGACCUGUCCCAAGUCAGAUUCUUACCUGGGGUGGUCUUCACCUGCAGGGUGAUCCAUGCCAACACCACCCUGUCCCUGAAUAUAUCGAAACCAGAUACGCUGAAAUAUUGUAAUAUAUUUGACAACAUUGUGCAUGCUGAUGUGAAUCAAGACACAGUUGAGGAAAGUUGGAAUGUGGUUUUCACCCUCAUUGGUUUUUUCAUCAUGGCCACCAUAUAUGGUAUCAUAGUUACAUUAUUUAAGACUAAAUGAUGAUGUUCACAGGACGGCUCCUGUGUUAUGACUGAAAUGUGGAAAUGCGUUUUAACUGCGUUUUAACAGCACCUGUCCUGACUAGUUUGAACAUGUAAUGCUUUGUGUAUCCAGUGUUAUUAAUUGCAUUUUUUAUGCUUUACAAUUUUUGGCAUUUGUGUUUUAGUUUUGUGCUAGAUGUGACAUGUAUGUAAGACGAGUGAGAAAAUGCAUUAAAAAUCAAUAAAGAAAACGAAUGACUAACUA